AUGUCUGAAGCUACCAGUUUGCCCCCGGCGGAUGAGUUUACCUUUUCUAUUAUAUUUAAAACUGCAGGGGACUUUGGGGAUGAUUUAUGUGGGAAAAUGAUUCAUGGAAGGGGGAUGAAGAAUGGAUUUGUUCUGGAUACCGUUGUCGGCAAUUCUUUGAUGACAAUGUUUGGCUAUGAAGCUAUAUGGUCGAAACCCUGGUUCUGCAUAUAUGAUGGAGGUGUUGGAAUGAUCUUGGAAGCAGUGAGGCAGAAAUCAGUGAUGCAAGUCAUAUGGAUGUCUCACCUCUUUAUCAACCAUCAACUUGAUAGAGAGGCAGAAAAUGGUAAUGCAUGUGACUUUGGAAAAAAUAAGAGGGAGUUGGUGGUUAGUGAUCAAGACUGUAGAUCCACUUCAAGCACCGAGGAUGGCGUCUUGAUAGAUAAUUCCAAUGGUUCAAAUGUUUGCACGUUGAGCAGUGCAAAGGAUCUUGGACCGCCGCAUUUGGAUCUAUAG